ACUAAGCACGUCAAGAACAAAAUGUCGUCACCAGCUGCUCCUCCGAAAACAACUCCGUCCCGGCAGACGCCGACUACGGCAGCUACAACCUCUACGCCGCAGGCUUCGACUUCUUCCAGCAUCGCUCUCCAGACCAUCGUGGCGCCAAGCCCAUCCCCGCGGCGGGCGUCAGCUCCGCAGACGGUGCUGGCCGGGCUGGGCGGGACCCCGCCGUCCUCCAAGAGACGCCGCACGGAGCCCGUCACAAAGACCGGUGUCGGAUACAACAUAGGCUUCAUUGGUUCCGGCAACAUGGCCCGCGCUCUAGUGGAAGGGAUGCUCGGAUCAGGUCAGGUGUUGGCGGGGACUGUUAUGGCUUCUGCAACCCGAGAGAGCUCAGAGAACCUCAAGAAAAUGAAGUGACUUGAGAGUAGGGGGUCGUUGGUAGCUCAGUGACUUUCUUAUGGACGUCUGAAUUUUUGUCGCAGUCUGGGAUUAGAAACCAAAGGCAGAAGAAUCGGAAAUUGUAGUGAAUAAAUGCCAAACCAACUGAGAUAAACCAACUAUCCUUAAUACUUUGAGCUCUAGGAGUAAGCACCACCACCCACAACAGAGACGUGAUCCUCAACUCAGAUGUGAUAGUCCUUGCCAUUAAGCCCCACCAGGUCCUUGGCAUCAUGACAGAGAUACAGGCCAUGUUUUCAGACUUCCAGUCUCGAGCCCAGCCGCACACCUCCAGCCCCAAGAGCUGGAGACCUCUCAUUGUCUCCGUGGCUUCUUCAGUCAGUAUUGCCGACAUUGAAGAAAAGACAGAGAUAUCGUGGAGUAUGGGAGCAUCCUCUGUGUCCGGUCACCUACCAGUCAUCAGGAGCCUGCCCACUAUAGCCAGCAGCGUGCGUGCCGGGAUCACCGCUUAUUGCAGGGGCAAGUUCUGCAACGAGGCGGACGUGAAACCGUUUGUCACGCUAUUCUCUCUGUGUGGGCCCGUGGAGGAUGUACCUGAGAAGUAUCUUGACGCCAUUACCUCUGUCAGCGGCAGUGGACUGGCCUUUGCUGCAGUAGGUCUGGAGGGAAUGGCAGAUGGCGCAGUGCUCUCUGGCAUACCCAGACACAUGGCCCUCAAGUUCUCUGCCCAUGCUGUGAUGAGUGCUGCAAGAUUGGUACUUGAGAAGGGUAUCGGUCCAGCUAAUAUCAAGGACAGCGUUUGUUCACCUGGUGGAACCACUAUAUAUGGAAUACAAAAGUUGGAGGCAAAGGGGACAAGAGGAGCCUACAUGGAUGCAGUACUGGCUGCCACUGAAAGAGCCAAACAACUCAAACCUAAGUAGAACCACGACGUCAUCACUUCAGCUAGCACCGUACUCUUAUACGCAUGCGCACACCAUGUUCGGGGGCGGGGCUUGUAUAUACACACGUGUACUAUACUAACCGACGCCAGUGGCUAGUUUGCAGCGACGCUGUCCGCGUAUAUAUGAAUGGCGUAUGGUGGUCUACGAGCUACGUUGAUCUUUUCUAAGCAAGUGCACAUGUAUGUCUCCUAGGCCUGCUACUUUGAAAACUUCCUCGAUCUGAUAGGUACAGGAGAAUGCUCUCAAAUGGUGUCUCAGCGACUGUUGGGUCCGUCGUGGGAGGCCACCAGAGGUCGCUGAGCGCCGCGAGAGACAUCUGUCGCGAGGCCCUCGCGAGUGUCUCGCCUUCUCAGCUGGUGCAUGGGAGUGUAAGAGUGGAGAAGAGGGAUGCUCACGUGAUGCGUGUGGGCGACAAGGAGUAUGUAUUGAACCAGUAAGUCACUGCAUAGCAAGUACAAGGUCAAGGAGGUGUGUGUAACCUCCGAGAAAAGACCCUCUGCAACAGACACUUCCUUGCAGCCCCAACUGGUGUAUAGAAUAGGGGACACCUGAAUAAAGGACACUUCGAUGCUCCAAAGAGGUGUCCCUUAUUCAGAGGUUUCGCCGUAUAUACUGCUCAUUGCCGUGUUGUGUAUGUACGUGUGCUGGGCAGCAACGUGAAGGUGGUGGCAUUUGGAAAGGCAGUGUUAGGGAUGGUGGGAGCUCUGGAGUCUAUUCUGGGAGGUCACAUCGUCUCUGGAGUCGCCAGUGUCCCUGUGGGAUCUGUGAGAGAUUUCAACAAUGGAAGAAAAGUCAGGAUAAUGGAAGGGGCAGCCCAUAAUCUGCCGGACCAGCCAGCACUGUGUGCGGCGGAAGAGAUCCUGAGUGUGUGUCGUGGGGCAGGAGAGGGGGAGGUAGUGGUGGCUGUCAUAUCAGGUGGUGGGUCUGCCCUCCUGCCUUGUCCCAUCCCCGGAGUGACGCUGGAUGAGAAACGAACGGUGACAGAGCUCCUGUCGAAGGCAGGGGCCAAUAUUAAAGAACUCAACACGUUCCGUAAGUUCAUCUCUCAGACAAAAGGAGGUAAACUGGCCGAGGCUGCCUAUCCUGCCCAGAUGGUGGGUCUGAUUCUCUCUGAUGUGAUUGGAGAUCCUCUGGACACUAUUGCCAGUGGUCCCACCACGCCCACCAGAACGACUCACCAUGACAUCAUCACACUGACGGAAAAAUACAAUCUCUCUCAGUCUCUCCCACAGUCAAUUCAAAACAUUCUCUCUCGUGACCGAAACCAAACUAGAGGAACUGAAAGCACUCGAGAGACUGUACCAAUUGAAAACGGCUCCUAUAAACACGUGCAUAACGUGAUUGUGGGUAGUAAUCGGCUUGCAACAGAAGCUGCCGCAGCCAAAGCUGAGUCUGUGGGCUACAGAGCUGUUGUGUGGUCCCAUUCUGUACAGGGGGAGGCUAGACUGUUGGGUGAAGUCUUUGCUACUCUAGCUCACUGCGCAGUAGAAUCUGGUCUCAGAUCUGCCGUUUCAGAGCUCAGAAAGACUCCUUCUUUUGUAAACCUCAUCCGGGAAAACCCUGCUAUGGCUAGAGAUUUCGAUCACUUGAAAGGAAAACUUGCUAGAAUUGCCGAGGAUAUGGGAAGACCCUGUGAUUUCUGCCUAAUUAGUGGGGGCGAACCGAUAGUUACAGUCACAGGUGAUGGCAAAGGAGGCCGUAACCAGGAACUAGCGCUGGCUUUCUCUGUCAAGCACCACCAGUUGAAGCAGGAGUCCGGGUCACCAGCAGGUCCGUGUGAGUGUGUCCUGGUGAGUCUGGGUACAGACGGGCAGGAUGGACCAACCGAUGCAGCGGGGGCCCUGGGUCACUCCUCCAUCCUCACCACCGCCACUGCACAGGGCCUGGAUGGAGAGGAAUCCCUGAGAAGAAAUGACUCACACUCGUUUUUCUCUGCUCUCGACGGAGGGCAAUACCUACUGAGAACUGGUCUGACCGGAACUAACGUGAUGGACAUUCACUGCCUUCUUUUUACCAGUAUUCACCCAUAAUCUGAUUAUAACCAACUUUUGAAAUUGCGUCCACCC